UUGGUUGCAGUCUGCUUGAUCUACAUCCCUGUGAUCAUCAGUUGUAACUUCCUCGUGUUUUGGGGCAUCUUGUUGUACCCAGGCUUCCACAACCCAAGCAGCUACCUGCUCAUGAACCUCGCCAUUGCGGACUUUUUGACCGGCUGUUUUUGUUUACCUAUGUACAUACUCAGUUACCUCCCUUACACCUCCGACUACAUCCUGGCCAACAAGUACGCAUGCCUGACCUGGUUUGCAUCCAUAGAGCUGUGCGCGGGAAGCUCGCUCUGCAGCCUCUUUUUCAUCUCCAUCGACCGCUACAUCGCCGUGAUGUGGCCGUUGAGGUACACACAGAUCGUGACCUUGCCCCGAAUGAUCAGAGCGAUUAUUCUACUGUGGCUCUUCGUCUUGGCUUUGGCCUUCGGCCCGAUGGUGUUUGGCUGGCACCGCUACGACCCGAUACUCAGGCCUUUAACGGCCCGCUGUAACUUUCACCGAACGCUGUCUUUCUGGUACGUCUCCAUUUCAACAUUCGGCAUCACCGUGAGCAUGCUGUUGAUAUGCAUCGUCCUCUACACCCAGAUCAUAUACGUCUCCCAGCGCCAGAUUCGCGAAUUUCGGAAAAGACUGUCCACCUAUAGCCGCAAGCAGAUCCGCAUCUUCGAGACCCGAAUCAGCUCCGUGCAGAUCACGACGUGCCUGAUGCUGCUGUUCAUCUUGUUGUGGCUGCCUUACAUGAUCAUCCUGCCCUUCAAGCACUACAACCUGAUCUCCCCAAACACCACCGAGAUCCUGAGAGUCGCCGCCCUGCUGAUGAACUUCACGAACGCCAUCGUCAACGCGCCCAUCUACGCCAUGUACCGAGUCGAGUACAGAAAAGUCUACAUCGUCAUGCUGUCCCGAAGGCCGUGCAAGUGGAAGCAGGUGCUCCGGAACCUCCACAGGAAUCUCAACUCGAGCGUUUACUCAGAGGACCGGC